GUGAACGAGAAAGAAGUCUGUAGAUAAGUUUAUAAAAAGGCAUAGAGAGUUCAUUGUUUCAUAAACUGGUGGUUAGAUAUCAUGGCUUACAAUCAAAAUCAACAAAUGCUGGCUCUAUGCAUAACAAUAGCAAUAAUGUUUCUUGGAGUGAGAUCAGAUUUGAAUCAGGACAUAAAAGGGUGUCAAGAUUCCAUGUCUGAUCUCUACUCUUGUCUUCCUUUUGUCACUAACAAAGCUAAAGCUCCAGACUCAACAUGUUGCACCACACUCAAAGAAAAAUUAGACAAAGGCCAGACAAAAAGAUGUCUCUGCACUCUUGUCAAAGACAGGGAUGAUCCUGGUUUAGGGUUCAAAGUUGAUGCCAACCGUGCAAUGAGCCUCCCUUCCAGUUGUCAUGUCCCUGCAAAUAUUUCACAAUGCCCAGAGCUUCUACAUUUGCCUCCAGAUUCAGUAGCGGCUAAGAUUUUUAAGCAAUUCACUGAAUCCUCUCAGAAUGUUGGACACAAAGCUGUAUCCACAAGUUCAAGCGUUAAAGGAAGAGAUAAGAAGCAAUUUGGACUAAUGAUGGCUGGAGCUUUCUCAGUAUGGUACUUAGUGUAAUCCUUUGUUAUGAAAGUUAAUAAAUACAACCAAAACCGCUAUAAGAUUCAUAUCAAUCAGUUGUGGAUGUACCAUGGUUUGUUAAAUAAAACAUAUUGAAACACAGCA